CUUAUUCUCUCUCCCGUCUCUCUCUCUCUCUCUCAUAAAUAUCACCCCUCUCUCUCGAUAUAUACAGAUAUAUAUGUAUAGUAAUUGAUGCGGCGAAGCCAGGAAUCGAAGAAACCGUAAAGAUGUUAGAGGAUCAGGUAGCGUAUCUGCUACAGAAGUACCUCGGGAACUACGUCUUAGGGCUCAGCAAAGAAGCUCUCAAGAUCAGCGUCUGGCAAGGCGAUGUGGAGUUGAAUAAUAUGCAGCUGAAGCCUGAAGCACUUAAUGCUUUGAAGUUACCUGUAAAGGUUAAGGCAGGGUUUCUUGGCUCAGUGAAGCUCAAGGUUCCAUGGAGCAGAAUCGGCCAAGAUCCAGUUAUAGUUUCUUUGGAUAGGAUCUUUUUACUAGCUGAACCUGCUACACGAGUUGAAGGGUCAACCGAGGAUGCCGUUCAAGAAGUUAAAAAGACUCGAAUACACGAAAUGGAGAUGAAGCUUCUGGAGAGCAAACAAAUAUUAACGAAUGAGAUGAACAAAUCCUGGCUGGGGUCCUUCAUUAACACUAUUAUUGGGAACUUGAAGCUUUCAAUAUCGAAUAUUCAUAUCAGAUAUGAGGAUCUUGAGAGCAAUCCCGAGCAUCCGUUUUCAGCAGGCGUAACUUUAAAGAAACUCUCAGCUGUUACAGUUGACGAGAAGGGGAACGAGACGUUUAUUAGUGAGGGAGCUCUAGAUCAUAUUCGGAAGUCCAUAGAACUCGAAGAGCUGGCUGUUUAUUUGGAUUCUGAUAUUAUUCCUUGGCAUAUUAAUAGACCAUGGAAGGAACUGUUGCCAAUUGAAUGGAGCCAGGUUUUUAAAUAUGGUACAAAAGAUGGAGAGGCAGCAGAUGAGCUUGUUAGAGAACACAAUUAUAUUCUGCAACCGGUGUCUGGAAAUGCUAAUUAUUCAAAGCAGCGACCAAAUGCAUCUGCUAAAGUCGAUCAACCUUUACAGCAAGCAUUAGUGAACUUGGACGAUGUCACCCUCUGUUUGUCGAAGAAAGGCUAUAGGGACUUGUUGAAAUUAGCUGAUAACUUUGCUGCAUUUAAUCAACGAUUAAAAUAUGCGCAUUAUCGACCAUUUGUUUCUGUUAAAUCUGAUCCAAGAUCUUGGUGGAGAUAUGCCUGCAAAGUUAUUUCAGAGCAGAUGAAGAAGGCCAGUGGAAAAAUGUCUUGGGAGCAGGUCCUGCGUUAUGCAAGCCUACGGAAGAAAUAUAUAUCCCUCUAUGCUGCACUGCUUAAAUCCGACAACACGCGGGCUGUUGUCGAUGACAACAGUGACAUUGAAGAAAUGGACCGUGAACUUGACAUUGAACUCAUAAUUCAGUGGAGGAUGCUGGCACACAAGUUUGUAGAACAAUCAAUGGAGUCGGACCUAUACAUCAAGAAACAGAGAGCAAAGAAAUCAUGGUGGCCAUUUGGAGGGGACAAUCAAUCUGCUGAGGAUGAAAAUGGACCUGGGCACCUUACUGUUGAAGACUGGGAACAGCUGAAUAAUAUGAUAGGUUACAAGGAAGGUGAUGACACACUGUUACCGGGAACUCAUGACAAGGGUGAUGUUCUUCACACUUUGUUAGAGGUUCACAUGAAACAUAAUGCUUCAAAGCUUACUGAUGCACAAGAGUGCCUAGCUGAAUUAUCUUCUGAUAAUCUUGGUUGUUUGAUAAAAUUAUAUUCUGAAACAAAAAUUUUUGACUUGAAAUUGGGAUCUUAUCGGUUGUCAUCUCCGAAUGGACUACUUGCUGAGAGUGCCACCUCGUAUGAUUCCUUGCUUGGUGUUUUCUGUUAUAAGCCAUUUGAUGUUGACUUGGACUGGAGUAUGGUUGCAAAAGCUUCUCCGUGCUAUGUCACUUAUCUUAAGGACUCAGUUGAUCAGAUUGUCAAUUUCUUCGAAAGUAGUGCUGCUGUUACACAGACGGUAGCUUUGGAAACCGCUGCAGCAGUGCAGAUGACAAUUGAUGAAGUUAAGAGAACUGCACAAGAACAAGUAAACAAGGCAAUGAAGGAUCAAAGCAGAUUUUUCCUCAACUUGGAUAUUGCAGCACCCAAAAUCACUGUACCUACCGACUUCUGUCCUGACAAUAUCAACUCAACAAAGCUUCUUCUUGACCUGGGACAUCUUUUUAUUCGUACUCGGGAUGAUAAUGAACCAUUCUCUAGUGAUGACAACAACAUGUACCUCCGAUUUGAUCUUGUUUUGAGUGAUGUAUCUGCAUUUCUGGUCGAUGGAGAUUACCACUGGAGUCGGCCACUGUUGAAUAGUUCUGCUGGUUCUGUUAAAAUCUUGCCUGUUGUUGAUAAAUGUCGUUUGAUUGUUAAUCUUCAACAGAUUCGCCUGGAAAAUCCCUCCUAUCCUUCAACAAGAAUUGCUGUGCGGCUUCCAUCUCUGGGGUUUCAUUUUUCACCCGCUCGUUACCAUAGGAUGAUGCAAGUUGUCAAGAUCUUUCAGGCAAAAGAUAGUGAUAUUACAGACACUCAGCGUCCUUGGGACCAAGCUGACUUUGAGGGGUGGUUAUAUAUUCUCAGUUGGAAGGGUGUGGGAAGUCGGGAAGCUGUAUGGAAGCGCAGAUAUCUGAGCCUUGUGGGACCUUUUCUUUACAUACUUGAAAACCCUGGGUCUAGAUCAUAUAAAGAUUAUCUCAGUCUACGUGGCAAACAACUGUAUCAAGUUCCCACUGAAACUGUUGGCAAUAUAGAGCAUGUCUUGGCUGUUUGUGAUAGUGAAAAAUCCAAUAAUAAGGUUGUCGAAGAUGCCAAUGCACUCAUAUUAAGAUGUGAAUCGGAUGAACUAAGGAAGAUAUGGCAGAGCCGUCUCCAGGGGGCUGCUUAUCGCGCAUCGGGUUCUGCUCCUAUAACUGGCAUGUUGGAAACUUCUUCAGAUUCAGAUGACUCCAUAAAAUCUGGUGACAAACGUAAUUCUAUGGAUAUCUCAAAGAUCGAAAUGGUGUUUAUAACUGGUGUGCUUGAUGAGCUAAAGAUACGCUUUGAUUAUAAUAACCAGCAUGAGAAAGCUUUCAGGAAGGUGCUUUUAGCUGAGGAGAGUCGGCUAUUUGAAUUUCGAGCAAUAGGUGGUCAGGUGGAACUUUCACUUCGAGGAGGUGACAUGUUCAUUGGCACUGUUUUAAAGGCUUUGGAGUUGGAAGAUUUAGUAUGCAACUCAGGGGUAUCUCAAGAUCAGCCCUUGUAUUUAGCACGAUCCUUCAUUCGCAGUACUGAUGAACCUUCUAUCUUCAAUGAAACUGAAGCUCAGACUUGUGACAAGAUUGAGCGAACUCUAAGUGAAGGAGAUGACAAUUUCUAUGAGGCAUCAGAGACUCUUAAUGAUCCUGUGGAUAGUCCAAGAGUGUCAUUUGGAAAUGUAUCUGAAUAUCUGAGUUCCCAGAAAUCUCUCUCUGAAUAUCUGAAUUCCCAAAAGUCUCUGUCCUCAGAGAAGUCCAUACUAAAGCCCCCUAGUUUUUGUCGCAUUGAUGGUUUGCUUCCUGAUGUUAUGCUUCAGACUCGUUAUGAUAACAUUGAUGUUACGGAUGAUUUAGAUAGUUUUGUGAAAGCCCAGAUAGUUAUUAUUGACCAGAAUUCAUCAUUGUAUGAUCAUGUUGAUAAACAGGUUACAGUUACCUUAGCGACCUUGUCAUUUUUCUGUCGUAGACCAACGAUAGUUGCCAUCAUGGAGUUUGUAGAUGCUAUCACUGUUGAAGAUGACACAUGUGAAUCUCUUAGUAAUAGUUCUUCAGCAUCCACUGCCCGACGAGAGAUUUCAACCGAAGAUGAGGUUCAUACUCAGCAGUUAGCUAUGAAUGAUGAGCCUACUGUAAAAGGCUUACUUGGAAAGGGGAAGUCCAGAGUUAUGUUCUUUUUAGCAUUGAAUAUGACUCAUGCUCAAAUCCUGUUGAUGAAGGAAGAUGGGACAAAGCUUGCGACUUUAUCACAAGAUAAUUUGCUGACUGAUAUUAAGGUUUUCCCUUCUUCUUUUAGCAUCAAGGCCUCCCUUGGAAACUUGAAAAUAAGUGAUGACAGUCUUCACAGUAGCCAUAUGUAUUUCUGGGCUUGUGAUAUGCGGAAUCCAGGUGGUAGUUCAUUCGUGGAGCUGGAGUUCAGUUCAUUUAACUCUGAUGAUGAAGACUACAAGGGGUAUGAUUACAGUCUUCUUGGACAACUUUCUGAAGUUCGCAUUGUUUAUUUGAAUCGUUUUAUUCAAGAGGUUGUCAGUUAUUUUAUGGGCCUUGUACCCAGUACAACAGAUGAUAUUGUCGAAGUUAAAGAUCAAGUAACAGAUUCAGAGAAGUGGUUCACUAAAAGUGAACUUGAAGGAUCACCUGCUGUAAAGCUAGACGUGUCACUUAGAAAACCGAUCAUAUUAAUGCCUCGGAGAACUGACAGCCUUGACUAUUUGCAGCUCGAUAUUGUUCAUAUUACUGUGCGUAACACCUUUCAGUGGUCUAUGCAUAAUAAACAGGAUAUUAGUGCUGUCCACAUGGAUAUCUUGACUGUUAUGGUAGAAGAUAUCAAUUUGAACGUGGGUACUGGAACAGACUUAAGUGAAAGCAUACUUCAGGAAGUAAAGGGGGUCUCAAUUGUUAUUCAGAGGUCACUUCGUGAUUUGUUGAAGCAAAUACCUAGUGUUGAAGUUGCGAUUAAGAUAGACAAAUUGAAAGCAGUUCUGUCGAACAAAGAAUAUCAGAUAAUCACUGAGUGUGCUCUUGAAAAUAUGUCAGAAACUCCGAAUGUCAUCCCCCCGUUGGAAAAGUUUAUUGUUCCAUCUAUAAAUAAUGUGACUGAACAUGUAGUUUCUCAAGGUCUUGAUGAUGGUGGAUCCGAUUCUCAAAGUGCGGGCAUAUGGAUUGCCACAAAGGUCUCUGUUGUUGUAGGUGUUGUUGAGUUAAGCCUCCAUUAUGGUCUUGCAACUGAUGCGUCUCUUGCAACGCUUCAGGUCAGUGGUCUAUGGCUUUUAUACAAGUCCAAUACACUAGGAGAUGGUUUUCUCUCUUCAACGCUCAAAAGCUUCACAGUUAUUGAUGAUCGUGAGGGAAUAGAGCAAGAACUUAGGCUGGCUGUACGGAAAUCUAGGGCCAUUGGCUACACUAUGUCAGAGCAUUUGACGGAGGAUGAUAGUAGCAUUGUUGAGAACAAUGUUCUUGAUGACAACAACUCAGAAUUAGUUCCUACAAUGCUUCUCCUGGAUGCGAAAUUUUCUCAGUUUUCAACGUCUGUGUCAUUAUGCAUGCAGCGGCCACAGUUACUUGUUGCACUUGACUUUUUGUUGGCUGUUGUUGAGUUUUUUGUCCCGGCAGUUCGUGGUAUGGUAUCAAGCGAAGAGGAUGAGAGCUCAUCACGUUUUGUUGAUGCAAUUGUUGUAGAUACACCAACUUACACACAGCCCACUAUUGAAUUCUCACUUUCUCCUAAAGUUCCAUUAGUUGUUGAUGAUGAAAGAUUUAGUCAUUUCAUAUAUGACGGGAAAGGUGGUACAUUGUACUUGCAGGACAGAAGGGGUUUAAAUGUUACUUCUCCCAGUGCAGAGACUAUGAUAUUUGUCGGCAGUGGGAAAAAGUUGCAAUUCAAAAAUGUUUAUAUUAAGGAUGGGAGAUAUUUGGACUCGUGCAUUUCUAUGGGAUCUGGCAGCAGCUAUUCUGUAUCAGAGGAUGACAAAGUUUAUCUGGUUGGACUGGAUGAUGAUCAAGCUCUGAACUCUUCACGUAAAUCGAAUGACAGUGUUCAUCAAAGUAACACAGUUGGUAGAUCGACGGAAUUUACCAUUGACUUGCAGGCUAUUGGCCCUGAACUUACAUUCUAUAAUUCGUCAAAAGAUGUAAGCAAAUCAUCGAAUCUCUCCAACAAACUUUUGCAUGCACAGUUGGAUGCAUUCUGCAGGCUUGUAAUGAAGGGCGAUGCAGUUGAAAUGAAUGCAAGUGCUCUUGGGUUUACAAUGGAGAGCAAUGGAAUCAAAAUAUUGGAACCUUUUGAUACUUUUCUGAAGUUCUCCAAUGCUUCAGGGAAGACAAAUAUACAUGCAACCGUUUCAGAUAUAUUUAUGAAUUUCUCAUUUAGCAUCUUAAGGCUAUUUAUAGCAGUUGAAGACGAUAUUUUGGCAUUUUUGAGAAAGACAUCAAACAAGAUGACAAUAAUGUGCUCUGAGUUCGACAAAAUCGGAACAAUCAAGAAUCCCAGCAGUGACCAAACUUAUGCAUUUUGGAGACCGCAUGCACCUCCAGGCUUUGCUGUUCUUGGUGACUAUUUAAUGCCACUUGACAAGCCCCCAGCAAAAGGUGUAUUAGCGGUCAACACCAGCUUUGUAAGAGUCAAGAGACCCGAGUCAUUUAAGCUUGUUUGGCCCUUAUCUAGUGGCGAGAUCAUGGAUUCUGCGGGGUCAGUUAUGCAUGACCAGACAACAAAGUCCGUCCUUUGUGAUGGGGAUGAAAACUUUUCUAUUUGGUUCCCUGUAGCGCCUAAAGGUUAUGUUGCAUUGGGAUGUGUCGUGUCCCCUGGAAGAGCACAGCCUCCACUCACCUCAGCAUUCUGUAUCUCGGCUUCUUUAGUCUCUCCAUGUUCCUUGAGGGACUGCAUCACAAUUAGCACUAGUCAUCAAAAUCCUUCCAUUCUCGUGGCGUUUUGGCGUGUCGGUAAUUCUGUUGGUUCUUUCCUCCCAGCAGAUCCAACAACUCUGAGUUUUUCUGGUCAAGCCUAUGAACUCCGCCUGGAACUUCUUAGAGUACGAGACAUGUCUUUAAAUAGUUCAGAAAGAUCAUACACCCAACAAUCAUCUAAUGGCCAUGAACGCAACGUCUCAUCAGAGAGGUCACUGACUUUAAAUUCGGGCCGUCGUUUCGAGUCUGUUGCUAGCUUUCAGUUGAUAUGGUGGAAUCAAGGUUCGUCAUCAAGAAAGAAAUUAUCUCUAUGGCGUCCUCUUGUUCCUCAUGGGAUGGUUUACUUCGGCGAUAUUGCUGUUAAAGGGCAUGAGCACCCAAACACCAGCAUUGUUCUUCACGGUUCUGAAGAUGAGGAGCUCUUUAAAAUUCCUGUAGAUUAUCAGUUUGUGGGGCAGAUUAAAAAAACUAGAGGAACCGAAAUAAUAUCCUUUUGGCUGCCGCAGCCACCACCAGGUUAUGUGUCCCUUGGUUGUGUUGCAUGUAAAGGCACACCAAAGCAAUCUGAUUUUGUCUCAUUAAGAUGCAUGAGGAGCGAUAUGGUCACUGGAGGUCAAUUUUUGGAGGAAAGCGUAUGGGAUACUUCUGAUUAUAAGUUCACUAGAGAACCAUUUAGCAUAUGGGGAGUUUGCAAUGAGCUCGGAACUUUUAUUGCUCGUAGUGGUUUCAAGAAGCCCCCUAGAAGGUUUGCAGUAAAGCUUGCUGAUCCUAACCUACCAAGUGGCUCAGAUGAUACUAUUGUAGAUGCUCACAUAGGAACAUUUUCAGCAGCACUUUUUGAUGACUAUGGAGGUUUGAUGGUCCCAUUGUUUAAUAUAUCCCUCAGCAGCAUUGGUUUUAGCUUACAUGGAAGGCCUGAUUACUUGAAAUCAACUGUCAGCUUUUCUUUUGCUGCUAGAUCAUUUAAUGACAAGUAUGAAAUGUGGGAGCCUCUAGUUGAACCGGUUGAUGGAGUUGUAAGGUACCAAUAUGAUCUUAGUUCCCCAGGUGUUCCAUCUCAGUUACGGAUCACAUCUACCAGAGAUCUGAACUUAAAUGUUACAGUUUCUAAUGCCAACAUGGUAUUUCAAGCUUAUGCAAGCUGGACAAAUCUAUCUAACGUGCAUGAGUCUUACAAAAUGAGGGAAGCUGUUUCUUCUACAUUUGGUGAAACUCCUAUCAUUGACAUUCAUCACAAGAGAAAUUUUUGUGUCAUCCCACAAAAUAAACUUGGUCAGGAUGUUUUUGUUCGCGCUACUGAGAUUCGGGGACUUACCAACAUAAUUAAGAUGCCAUCUGGCGAAAUGAAGCCUUUGAAAGUUCCAGUAUUGAAGAAUAUGCUUGAAGCACAUUUGAGAGGAAUUCAUUGCAUGAAACUCAGGACAAUGGUGACAAUCAUGAUAUCAGAGGCAGUAUUAACAAGAGCAGCAGGACCAUCUUCUCGUCAAUAUACUGUAGCAGUGCGUCUAACAUUAAAUCAGAGCCUCGUUAGUGGAUCACCUCUAAAUCAACAAAGUGCCCGGACAUGUGGCACCAGUUCAGUUGCAUCAGUAUCUUCUGAGCUCGUGUCAGUGAAGUGGAAUGAAAUAUUUUUCUUCAAAAUUGAAUCUUCGGACAACUACAAUGUGGAGUUGAUUGUAACUGACAUGGGGAAAGGAGACCCUGUUGGAUAUUUUUCAGCUUCUCUGAAUCUUAUAGCAGAAACCGGAGACACCUCGGACUAUGUUGAUUAUACAAAAGCGUUGAAGUGGAUUGAAUUUACUUCUUUAAAGUCACGUGAGAUGACCCAAAGAAAUGUAUUAAAGAAGUCUACUGGUAGAAUUAAGUGUGCUGUGUUCUUAUCACGGGGGUCUGAUGCCGAAAGCAAUGAGCAAGCACUUGACAGGAGUAAAAAGUCUGGUUUUAUUCAAAUAAGUCCUACAAGGGAAGGUCCUUGGACUACAGUAAGGCUAAAUUAUGCUGCACCUGCUGCUUGUUGGCGUCUAGGUAAUGAUGUUGUUGCCAGUGAAGUCAGUGUGAAAAACGGCAACAGAUAUGUAAAUAUCCGAUCCCUGGUCUCUGUUUGUAAUAGCACCGACUUUUCUUUUGACCUAUGUCUCAAACGAAGAGAAAAUGACAUUGGGCCGCAAGAUGAUGCUGUGGAAGAUGUACAGGGUAAUAGUAACGAAAUUGUUACAGAUGACUUUCUUGAAACUGAAAAAUACAACCCAGAAACUGGGUGGGUUAGUUCUGUGACCGAACCGAAAGAUGAUUUAGCGGAUGGAGGAGUAUCACCUCAGGGAAAUUUUGGAAUUAAUUUGCCUUCAGGGUGGGAGUGGAUUGAUGAUUGGCAUUUAGAUACAGCUUCAGUUAUUACUGGCGAGGGGUGGGUUUAUGCUCCGAACAUUGAAAGCUUAAAAUGGCCUAAUUCUUAUGAUCCUCUAAAGUUUGUAAACUAUGCAAGGCAAAGAAGAUGGAUCAGGAACAGGAGAUCAGUAUCUGCUGUCACGAAGCACCACAUCUUUGUAGGACCAGUAGGACCUGGGCAAACUCUCCCUCUUCCUCUAUCUGCAUUGACACAGUCAGGAUCUUAUAUUUUGUGCUUAAAACCUUCUCAUACUAAGAAUCAAAAUAGAUACUCAUGGAGUUCAGUGCAAAAUAAGCCUGGUGAGUCGGAAGAUUCUGAUGGGUGUAAACAAAGAGAAGUAUGUGUUUCAAGUCUCACAGAGUCUGAGAAACUGUUGUAUUGCUCUGAAGUUAGUGGAUCAUCAUCGCAUACUUCCCGAGGACUGUGGUUUGCUUUGACCAUCCAUGCAUCAGAGAUAGCAAAGGACAUUCAUUCUGAUUCUAUUCAGGAUUGGAGUCUUGUGAUCAAUUCUCCGUUGUCUGUUUCCAACUUUCUGCCAAUCGCCGCGGAGUAUUCUGUUCUUGAGAUGCAAGCCAGUGGCCACUUCGUGGACUGCUCAAGAGGAGUAUUUGCUCCCGGAGAGACUGUAAAGGUUUUUAAUGCCGACAUUCGUAAUCCCUUGUACUUAUCACUACUUCCACAGAAAGGAUGGCUUCCAGUACAUGAAGCUGUUCUUAUAUCACAUCCCACCAAGGCUGUAGCACGAGCUAUAAGUUUGAGAAGUUCAGUUUCUGGAAGGAUUGUUCAUAUCAUUCUUGAACAGAACCAUAACAAUGAUAAUCCGGUGCUAGAAAAGAUUAUUAGAGUCUACUCGUCUAACUGGUUUGCCAUUGCAAGAUGUCCACCUCUUACUCUUAAAAUUCAUGACAUGUCAAGAAAAAGCACUACUAGACUUUCCUUGCCCUUCCAGUCAAAGAAAAGCAAUGAAGUUAUUCUCCAAGAAAUUACUGAAGAGGAGAUAUAUGAAGGUUAUACUAUUGACUCAACAUUGAACUUUAAGAUGCUGGGUCUGUCAGCGGCUAUAAGUCAAUCCGGUCUGGAACGGUUUGGACCUGUGGCAGAUCUAUCUCCACUCGGAGACAUGGACGGGUCAAUGGAGCUGCGUGCCUAUGAUGCUGACGGGAACUGCAUGCUUCUCUUUGUAUCAUCUAAACCAUGCCCUUAUCAAUCUGUUGCCACGAAGGUGAUCUUUGUUCGGCCAUAUAUGACUUUUACAAACAGAGUAGGUAGGGACUUGCAUAUCAAGUUAAGCAGUGAAGAUGAACCAAAAGUUCUGCGUGCAUGGGAUGCUAGAGUCUCCUAUGUAUAUCGCGAAAGUGGCGAAGGUGGUGAAACUAGUAAAUUACAGGUUCGCAUGGAAAACACAGAAUGGUCAUUUCCUAUUCAAAUCUUAAAGGAGGACACCAUCUCUUUAGUUUUAAAAAAACGUGAUGGGUUGAGGAUAUCUUUGCGGACAGAGAUUCGUGGUUAUGAGGAAGGAUCUCGUUUUAUUGUUGUAUUUCGUCUUGGAUCUCCAAAUGGCCCGAUAAGGAUUGAAAAUAGAACAAGCAACACCACCCUAAAAUUUCGUCAGUCUGGAUUUGGUGAUGAUGCCUGGAUUCUCUUGGGACCUCUUUCAACUACCAGUUUUGCUUGGGAGGAUCCCUAUGGCGAAAAACUUUUAGAUACUGAGAUCUGCAGCGGUGGUAGUACCAGAGUAUGGAAAGUUGAUUUGGAUAAACCUGAAAUAUGUCCCUCAGGUGAUGGUCAGUCACAGGUGUCUUUUAAUGUCGUAGAAAUAGAUGGUGCUAAGGUUGCUCGGUUUGUGGAAGAUAGAACAUCUGGUGGCAUCCAGAGACAAUUUGACAUGCAGACCGAGAUGCGGGAGACUUCAGCACCACUAGAGCUGAUUGUUGAGUUGGGAGUUGUAGGGGUUUCUGUUGUUGACCAUAGACCAAAGGAGCUCUCCUUUCUGUGCCUAGAACGAGUUUUUAUGUCCUAUUCAACCGGUUACGAUGGUGGGACUACAAGCAGAUUCAAGCUUAUACUAGGCUACUUGCAGCUCGAUAAUCAGCUCCCAUUAACCCCAAUGCCAGUGUUGCUAGCACCUGAACAAGCCUCUGAUAUAAAUCAUCCAGUUUUCAAGAUGACUGUUACUAUACGAAAUGAAAAUCUUGAUGGUAUCGAGGUCUAUCCAUAUGUCUACAUACGGGUGACCGACAAGUGUUGGAGACUUAACAUACAUGAACCCGUUAUCUGGGCUUUUGUAGAUUUUUACAAUAAUCUUCAACUAGAUCGUAUUUCUCAAAGUUCAAGUGUAACACAAGUUGAUCCAGAGAUACGGAUAAAUUUAAUAGACGUCUCAGAGGUAAGGCUAAAGUUGGCAAUGGAAACUGCACCUGCUCAAAGACCACAUGGAGUCCUAGGUGUAUGGAGCCCCAUACUCUCUGCAAUCGGCAAUGCAUUUAAAAUUCAGGUACAUCUGAGGAAAGUGAUGCACAGAGACAGAUUUAUGAGAAAAAGUUCCGUCAUUCCUGCGAUAGGAAACCGUAUCUGGAGAGAUCUAAUACAUAAUCCACUGCAUUUGAUUUUUUCGGUCGAUGUAUUAGGUAUGACGAGCUCCACCUUAGCUUCUCUUAGUAAAGGGUUUGCCGAGCUUUCGACAGAUGGGCAGUUUAUGCAGCUGCGUUCAAAGCAAGUAUGGUCACGAAGAAUUACUGGGGUAGGUGAUGGAAUUAUGCAAGGAACAGAAGCUCUAGCGCAAGGAGUCGCUUUUGGAGUUUCAGGUGUGGUGAAGAAACCUAUGGAGAGUGCCAGAGAUAACGGUGUUGUUGGGCUUGCUCAUGGGCUGGGACGUGCAUUUUUAGGGUUUGUUGUACAGCCAGUUAGUGGAGCACUGGAUUUUUUCUCUUUGACUGUUGAUGGAAUUGGUGCCAGUUGUUCGAGGUGCUUGGAAAUUCUCAGCAACAAAACUACCCUGCAGAGAAUUAGAAAUCCCCGACUUAUUCGUGCUGAUAAUGUUCUAACGGAGUAUUGUGAGAGGGAAGCAGUUGGACAGAUGGUGCUCUACCUUGCAGAAGCUAGUCGACAUUUUGGAUGCACUGAACUGUUCAAGGAGCCCUCAAAGUUCGCAUGGUCGGAUUACUAUGAGGACCAUUUUGUUGUUCCAUACAGAAGAAUUGUUUUAAUAACUAACAAAAGAAUCAUGCUGUUACAGUGUCUGGCUCCGGACAAGAUGGAUAAGAAGCCAUGUAAGAUCCUGUGGGAUGUGUCCUGGGAAGAGCUUAUGGCAUUGGAGUUGGCAAAAGCAGGCUACUCAAGACCAUCUUACUUAAUUCUUCAUCUAAAGAAUUUUCGAAAAUCAGAAUCGUUUGUCCAUGUUAUUAAGUGCAAUAUUGAAGAAGCAGCGGAAGAUAGAGAGCCCCAAGCUGUUAGUAUCUGUUCUGUGGUGCGCAAGAUGUGGAAAGUAUAUCAGUCUGACAUGAAAAACCUGACACUAAAGGUUCCUUCAAGCCAAAGACAUGUGUGUUUUGCAUGGAGUGAAACUGAUUGGAGAGACUCGCGUAACCAGAACAGGGCCAUUAUCAGAUCAAGAGAUCUUUCAUCGUCUGAUUCUAUUUCUGCUGAGCGGAAAUUUGUUAAACACAGCAUCAACUUUUCAAAAGUUUGGAGCAGUGAACAAGAACCGAGAAGACGAUGUACAUUGUCCAAAAAGCAGGUUGUAGGAGACAGUGCUGUAUGUAGCAUUUGGCGGCCGAUCUGUCCCGAGGGAUAUGUCUCUAUUGGGGAUAUAGCCCAUGUUGGUUCCCAUCCUCCCAAUGCUGCUGCCAUAUAUUUCAACAGCAAUAAACUUUUUGCACAUCCAGUUGGUUACGAUCUGGUGUGGAGGAACUGCUCAGAUGACUACAUCACUGCCGUAUCGAUAUGGCUUCCACGUGCCCCUGAGGGUUAUGUCUCUCUUGGAUGUAUUGUUGUCCCUAGUUAUGACGAGCCUGAACCUAGUGACAUGUACUGUGUGGCAGAAUCAUGUGCCGAGGAAACAGUUUUUGAAGAACAGAAAGUAUGGUCAGCCCCAGACUCGUAUCCCUGGGCAUGCCACAUCUAUCAGGUGCGGAGUGAUGCUCUUCACUUUGUUGCCUUGAGACAACCUAGAGAAGAAUCAGACUGGAAAACAUAUAGAGUUCUUGAUCAACAAAGUCCUACAGAUUAGCAGAGACUUGGAUGAUGAGUAUAUUCCUGUUGUAUAUUGCUAUUAUGCUCAACCUUCCUUUCUGUUGUAACUUGUGAGAUAGCCUUCUUUUUCUGGGUUAAUUUUGAAGUCCUUGUAAUUAGUUACUAGUGUGACUUGUGAGUGCAAAGAUCCGGGACAAUACUGAAGUUGGAUCGUUUAUCCUUGAGCAUUUAAGCUCGUUUUGAUUUAAAUCACGGAAGCUGGGGAACGAAAAGCAGCGAGAACAUUACAUUCGUGACAAUACUAAAGUUGGAUCGUUUAUCCUUUUGAGCAUUUCAGCUCUCUUUGUUGUAAAUCACGAAAGCAGGGGAUGAAAAACAGCGAGAACAUUACAUUUGUAAUAAUAUUGUACAUUUUUUCCAAGGAAUUAUAGGGUGCCCCUUUUUUCUUUGCAUAUCUGGAAUGUUACAUUUUCUUGUAAUGUUUUCUGCUUUCCUAGGCAAGAGAAACAAACAGAAAGGUAAGUAAAAACAUGGAACUUGAAUUCAUAGAUGUUUUCUCCAUUUUCUUUAA